AUGGGCCUUCACUUCGGUAACCUGGCUCGGGUUCGUCAUGUUAUCACCUACAGCCUCUCGCCCUUCGAACAGCGCGCCUUCCCCAACGUCUUCUCUCACGGGCUGCCCAACGUCUGGCGGCGUUUCAGGUCUCAGGUCUUCAAGGUGGCGCCCCCCUUUCUGGGAGGCUAUCUCCUUUAUUCCUGGGGAACAGAAGAGUUUGAGAGACUGAAGAGGAAGAACCCCGCUGACUAUGAAAAUGACCAGUAA